AUGAAGGGGACACUUCUUCUGCUGGCCUUGCUGGUGACUGGAGAGCUGGGCUUCCAAACAACGGAAGCAUGCCUUUCUUUCUUCUAUAGCUAUGCUACCGUACUCUCUGGAAAUGAGCCAUUGAUGACUUUCCAACUUUCCCGGUAUAAUGCUAACGCCCAGGAAUUGGAGGCCUUUGGAAAGCUCCAGGAGUGCUACAGUAAAGGAGGACUAAAAACCAUAUUGCUGAAUCCCAAAAUCUUGGAAUCCAUGCUUGUCACCCCAGAAUGCCUGAAAUACUAUUCCAAAGAAGUCAUAGAGAAAAUUAAGAAACUACUUUCCAGUCUUUAG